CAAGAAAAACACUUUAUAGGAACUCAGUGAACAGAAACACUGACAGACAAAGUGUCGCAACUCGUCUUACUCCUGUUUUAAUCAAAGUUGAAGAGCUUCAUGUGUGUUUUUUGGUUCACUAAAACAGUCGGUAAAGUCUGCACACCCACUUUGAUCACUGUUGCAUGAGCAGCUUGCGUGUUCUUUUCUCCACGUUUUCUUUUUUGCCUUCCAUUUGCAUUGACGUUGGGAUAAAGUUCUCCCCAGACUUGGAUGAGACUCGUGAUGGCUGUUGUGUCACUAGUGUUCCUUCUGCUAGGAUCAGUACUGAGCCGGACUUCAGCUGACAAGGCUGGUGAAGUAGAGAAAGAGGACCAGCUGAGGAGCCGCUUGAAGGAAUAUGGUCUAGUCACUCCCUUCAGCACCGACUCUCAUGGACAUUAUCUGUCACACCUGCUCUCAGCCAGUCACAAGCAGCGUGUCAAGAGGGAGGUGUUUCUUUCUGAUGAAUCUGACCAGAGACUUUUCUUCAACAUCACCGCCUUUGGGAAGGAAUUUCACCUGCGCCUGCGCCCUAAUAAUCAACUGGUGGCACCGGGGGCCAUGGUUGAGUGGCAUGAUGAAGUUCAGGGCUUCGGGAACACUGGCAACAUUACUGAUGGUGAUUUGGCUAACCACACUGAAACCAGCAACCAGACAGAGAGAAUACUGCGUCGGGAGCUGCUAAAGACUGACUGCACCUUCAUUGGUGACAUCACCGAUGUCCCUGGGGCCUCGGUUGCCAUUAACAACUGUGAUGGUCUGGCUGGGAUGAUCCGCACUGACUCAGAUGAGUACUUCAUCGAGCCUCUGGAGAGAGGAACCCAAGAGCUGGAAGACCAGGGCAGGGUUCAUGUGGUGUACCGCAGGUCGGCGCUGCUCCAGGCCCCUCCUCACAUGUCAGUUGACUACCAGCUACAAGAAGCGGAACUAGAAGUACCCAGGACUCUGGACUCUGUGGUCAAGCAGGUCAAUGAGACCAUCCAGCACCGCCGCCGCCGUGAUGCUGGGGAGGACGACUACAAUAUCGAAAUCCUGCUGGGAGUAGAUGACUCAGUUGUUCGUUUUCAUGGCAAGGAGCAUGUGCAAAACUACCUUCUCACUCUGAUGAAUAUUGUCAACGAGAUUUACCAUGACGAGUCUCUGGGAGUCCACAUCAACGUGGUCCUGGUCAGGAUGAUCAUGCUGGGGUAUGCCAAGUCCAUUAGCCUUAUUGAACGAGGCAACCCUUCCCGGAGCUUGGAGAAUGUGUGCCGCUGGGCAUUUGUGCAGCAGAAAGGUGACCCUGAUCACGCAGAACACCAUGACCACGCCAUUUUCCUCACUCGCCAAGGCUUUGGUCCUACGGGCAUGCAGGGUUAUGCUCCAGUCACGGGAAUGUGCCACCCAGUCCGGAGCUGCACACUCAACCAUGAAGACGGCUUCUCCUCUGCCUUUGUAGUGGCUCAUGAGACCGGACAUGUGUUGGGCAUGGAGCACGAUGGCCAGGGCAACCGCUGUGGAGAUGAGACUGCUAUGGGAAGUGUGAUGGCUCCUCUGGUGCAGGCAGCUUUCCAUCGAUACCACUGGUCCAUGUGCAGUGGACAGGAACUAAAGAGAUACAUCCAUACUUAUGACUGUCUGCUGGAUGACCCAUUCAAACACGACUGGCCACAGCUUCCUGAACUUCCUGGCAUCAACUACUCCAUGGACGAGCAGUGUCGAUUUGACUUUGGAGUGGGCUAUAAAAUCUGCACAUCAUUUCGUACAUUUGACCCAUGUAAGCAGCUGUGGUGCAGUCACCCAGACAACCCCUACUUCUGCAAGACCAAGAAAGGCCCACCUCUCGAUGGGACAGAGUGUGCUCCUGGGAAAUGGUGCUACAAAGGUCACUGCAUGUGGAAAAACCCUAAUCAAGUCAAACAAGAUGGGGCCUGGGGUUCAUGGAGCAAAUAUGGCUCCUGCUCACGCUCUUGUGGAACUGGAGUUCGCUUCAGGAUGAGACAGUGUAACAACCCAGCGCCUUCCAAUAGCGGUCAGGACUGCCCUGGAGUAAACUAUGAAUAUCAGCUCUGCAACACUGAUGACUGCCCCAAACACUUUGAAGACUUCAGAGCCCAGCAAUGCCAGUUACGCAAUUCCCAUUUUGAAUUUCAAAAUGCCAAGCAUCAUUGGCUGCCCUAUGAGCAUCCUGAUGCCAACAAGAGAUGUCAUUUGUAUUGCCAGUCAAAGGAGACAGGGGAUGUGGCAUACAUGAAACAGUUGGUGCAUGAUGGGACACGGUGCUCCUACAAGGAUGCCUACAGUAUCUGCGUGCGUGGAGAAUGUGUGAAAGUUGGCUGCGACAGAGAAAUUGGCUCAAACAAAGUUGAGGACAAAUGUGGUGUUUGCGGCGGGGACAACUCCCACUGUCGUACUGUCAAAGGCACCUUCAGUCGGACACCAAAGAAAGCUGGUUACCUUAAGAUGUUUCUCAUUCCUCCUGGAGCUAGACAUGUGAUCAUUCAAGAACAUGAGGCAUCCCCUCAAAUUCUUGCCGUCAAGAACCAGGCCACAGGACAUUACAUUCUCAAUGGAAAAGGAGAAGAGGUCAAAUCCAAAACCUUCAUUGACUUGGGUGUGGAGUGGCACUACAGUAUCGAGGAUGACGUGGAGGCUCUACACACGGAUGGACCCCUGCAUGACCCUGUGGUGGUUCUGAUUAUACCCAAGAAUAAUGAAACACGAUCUACUUUAAUGUACAAGUACAUCAUCCAUGAAGAUUCUGUACCUAUCAACAACAACAAUGUUAUUCAAGAGGACACAUAUGAGUGGGCCCUGAAGAACUGGUCUCCAUGUUCCAAGCCUUGUGCCGGAGGGUUUCAGUAUACAAAGUAUGGAUGUCGGAAGAAGGGAGACACCAAGAUGGUCCACCGAGGCUACUGUGAUACAAAUAAGAAGCCCAAACCCAUCCGCAGAAUGUGUAACCUUCAAGACUGCACACAGCCACAGUGGAUUUCAGAUGAAUGGGAGCAUUGUACCAAAACCUGUGGCAGUCUGGGUUUUCAGAUCCGAACAGUGCGCUGUGUUCAGUUUCUUCAUGAUGGUACAAACCGCUCCAUUCAUAGCAAAUACUGCAGUGGAGAGAAACCAGAAAGCCGGAGGCCCUGCAACCGGGUCCCCUGUCCUGCACAGUGGAGAACUGGAGCAUGGUCAGAGUGCUCUGUAACCUGUGGUGAGGGGAUGGAGAGGCGUCUGGUCACUUGUCGGAUUGGAGAUCAGUGCAGUGGAGAAAAACCUGAAACUGUGAGACCAUGCAGAACAGGCCCCUGCCAUGAUGAGCCAUGUAAUGGAGACAAAUCCAUCUUUUGCCAAAUGGAGGUCCUAGCACGUUAUUGCUCCAUCCCAGGCUACAACAAGCUGUGCUGCGACUCCUGCAGCAAGCGCAAUGGAGCUCUAUCUUUGUUUUCUGAGGCAGCUGAGACCGAAGAGUAUGUUCGCUUUGGAUCUGCAUCCCAGCUGCUGGAGACCCUGGCAGCCUCUCAGACAGCCAAUGGCACUCACAGUAGUAAACGAAGAUCAUCCAAAGGGUUGGCCACAUCAGGCAGUGCAGUGAGACACAGCACCACCCCUGCCCCACUCAAGAAAAACCCAUCAAAGAUCACUACAGCACUGAGGCGGGUUCCACGGCAGCUAGGUCCUCCAGAGGGCCACAGUCGGUGGCCAACAGCGUAUUCAGAAGUGGAGAGAUGAGUGAUGCCCUUCCCCAGCAGGACUGUAAUGUACAGUAGAUAGUUCAGCUUCAUCCUGAGUCUUGUCACACCAAAAGCACAGAGAGAAACAAAGAAAGAGAGAAAAGUGCUGGUUCACUUUGUUUUUAGCCCUAAAAUUGACUUAAAUAUCAGAGAGAGGGAGUAUUUGGACUGAUACAGCCAUAUUGAUUUGCUUUCACACUUUAGAUUUAGUGAAGAACAAAAAUCCUUAUUAAUUUCAAGUACAGGGACACAUCGUACAAAGGGAAUUUUCACGUGUCAGAUUCAAAGACAGUGUUGGUUUGGUAGUAUGGGGAGACAGUGAUACUUAGAUUCUGGGCCAGUAGCAAUGAUUAAAAUAAUUUGAUGGACAUCCCAUGGCAAUAGGUGUUGGUGUACUUUGUUUUCAUGUUGUUUUGAUGCUAACUGCUAAUGCGCUUAACCCCUAUCAGGCUAUCACACGUUUCCACUUUUAUUGCUUUUAUAAAUGGAAUCAUAUUCAGUGUAAUUUGACAACUAAACCAACCAAAAAACCCUUCAAAUAAUUAUUUAGCUGAUACAUGUUUGGCUACAGUCAUUCUGUGUGGAUAGGUCUGUACAUAUGGAUAUUGCAAUUUUACUCCAUUCAUCUUUGCAAAACAGCUCAAGCUCUAAAGGUUUUUUCAAGUCCAGCCACAAAUUAUCUAUUGAGGUCUAGGCUUUGACUCAACACUCCAAAACAUUCACCUUGUUGUCUUUAAACUAUUUCUGUCUGUGUUUCACUGUAUGCUUUGGAUCAUUGCCUUGACAGAAAACAAAAUUGUAGUUCUCUUGCAGUUUGAAUCAGAUUGCCCUCCAGGAUUUCCCUAUAAUUUACCCCAUUCAUUUUACCCCUAUAUUUAUAAGCCUUCCGGGGUCUGCUCCCCAGAAGCAUCCUCACAGCAUGAUCCCACCAUGCUUCAUGGUGGAGUAGGGUGUUUGUAGUGAUGUGUAGUGGUUAGUUUUCAUCAAACAUAACUCAUCUAGUUUGAUGGGGAAAUACCCCAUUUUCAUCUCAUCAGACCUUCUUACAGUUGAGAUCUCCCGCAUGCUUUUGGGUGAAUUCUAGUUGGGGGUCAUAGGUGUCUUGAUGGCCUCCCUCACAAGGCUGUUCCUUGUCAAGUCAUUGUACAGAUGAAAAGGUGCAGCGAUAUAUGUUGAUAUCCAUUGUCUGACUGACAUUUUCUCUGAGCUGGUUGGAGUGUCCUUUUGUCUCCAUGGUGAAAUUGUAGCCAAUAAUAUUGAUCAACCUUAAAUAUCUAUUUAAGGACCUUAAAUAUAUAUUUCACUUUGAUACUAGUCUUUUAUUGUAAAUUCUUGUCAAAAA